GUGGGUGGGCAAUUCGUCGACCUUGCUGAGGCCGAACUUCGCCUGGGCCUCAGCUGGGUCCGUGGCCUCAAGGCAAAGCUCUUGCCACCACCCGAACAGACAGGCGAGUCUGAGGUUUUCGCCGAUGAGGCACAGCGGGAUGUGAGAGAGUCCCUUUUGAUGACCUGUGAGAAAGCGAGGCUCAACUGGUUCAUAUGGUUCGUUGUCAACAACAUUCCAUUUGGUCGUCUCGGUGCGCACCGGCCUCUGCUCCUCAACAGGUCUGCGGCAGGCUGCAUAGGAAAGCUGCAGCGAUGCCAUGCCAACCGUGCCUUCCAAGUGCUUGAGUCAAACCGCUUCCAACCGAGUAAAACCAAACCGGUGGGCAUGGCAGGGACGAAGAUUUUAAACAGCUUCAUCCGACUGCCAGACAUGGCAUGCUCGUAUCCUCGGAAGCCGGUGGCUGAAAUGGCCAUGUGCUGGGAAGGGAUAGGGCUUAAAAAACUUUACAAGCAUCAAAAGCAUCAAACAAAAACAUUUUAA